AGGCCAGCAGGUGUGCUGAUGUUCCUCCUGGUCAUCCUUAAGGUGUUGGUGGGAACAGCAGAAGCUGCCUGCAGCUGCACAGCUUCAGUCUGUCACUGCCACAUCCGGGGCCUCACCAGUGUUCCUCAGGACCUGCCGACAACCAUUACACGGCUGAAUUUGAAAUGGAAUCAAAUCACAACCAUAAGUCAGUCUGAUUUCUCACGUUAUAGGAGAUUAGAGACUUUAUGGCUUAAUGACAAUCGCAUUUCUACUAUCAACAGCCAGGCAUUCUAUCACCUGUCAAACCUGACCACAUUAUGGAUUUCAGGUAACCGUCUAACUAUCCUCAGACCUGACAUGUUUGUAGGGCUGGAGAACUUGGAGGAACUUUAUCUGCGCAGUAAUGACAUUAGUGAUAUUCAGGCUGACAGUUUUAAUCCAACACCACAACUGAGAACCUUGUACCUGUAUAAUAACAAGUUAACACACCUUAGAUCUGACAUGUUCACAGGGCUGGGGAACUUGGAGGAACUUUAUCUGGUAUAUAAUGACAUCACUGAUAUUCAGGCUGGAACUUUCAAUCCAACACCACAACUGAGAUGGUUGUUCCUGUAUAAGAACAAGUUAACAACCCUCAGAUCUGACAUGUUCACAGGGCUGGGGAACUUGGAGGGACGUCUUGAUCUAUGGCUGGACAAUAAUGAGAUCACAGACAUUCAGGCUGGGACUUUCAAUCCUAUGCCACAACUGAGAGAACUCAAAUUAUCUGAAAACAACAUCACAAUGUUUCCCUUUGAAGACUUGUUAAAGAUUCAAACAAUUUCUGUUAUUUACCUUGACAAUAACCAAAUGACAACUCUUUCGUCCAUAGCCUAUGAGAUACUCAAUUCCAUCUCUGAUGUUAACAUUGACAACAACCCCUGGCAGUGUGACUGUAGGAUGGUUGGCUUUAGGCUAAAAAUGACAGG